AAUUUAUUUUCAAUAUAAAUUCUCCCACAACCUUUACAUUCAGCCGAACAUCUCUCUCCAGCCAAUCUCUCUAUUUCUCUCUCUCCAUAUUCUCCAAUGGCUUCCUCUCUUCAUCCUCUUCUUCUUGUCUCAGUCUCAUGGAUCUCCCUCCUGUCUCUGGUAAUAUUACCCGCACAGGCAGCCACCUGCAGCUCACAGACAUUCAAGAACAACAAGCUCUACGCUAACUGCAGCGACCUCCCCGUCCUCAGCUCCUACCUCCACUGGACCUACAAUGCCUCCAACUCCUCUCUCUCCAUCGCCUUCGUGGCGACGCCGUCCAAAUCUGACGGCUGGGUCGCAUGGGCCAUCAACCCCACGGCCACCAAGAUGGCUGGGGCCCAAACCCUCCUGGCCUACAAAACCGAGGAUGGAGCCCCAGUCGUCAAAACAUUCAACAUCAUCUCGUACAGCUCCAUUGUACCGGGAAAACUCGCGUUCGACGUAUGGGACGUCAGCGCCGAGUUCUCCAAAGGCACGUUCACGAUAUUCGCCGCCGUCAAGGUCCCAAAAGACGCAGCGUCCGUGAACCAGGUCUGGCAGGUGGGCUCCGCCUUCAACAAGACCUCCGGUUUCCCGGUGAAGCAUGACUUCGCCCCACCCAAUCUCCAGUCGUUUAGCACCUUGUACUUGAUGGCCAAUUCCACCACCAACAGCACUGGUGGUGGUGGUGGCGGAGCUUUGAGGAUUGGGAGCGGAGGAAACAUGGGUUUGUUGUCUGUUUCGGUUUUGGUUCUUGGAGCUCUCAUUGCUUUCUAAAUUUAGUAUUUCGGGUUUUUAUUC